GCUGUCCCCUCAUCCAUUCUUUCUUCCAAAAGGAUUCCUUAAAGCAAAGCUUGACCUUUUGUCCAAAAAAACAUAAAAACCCGGGAAAGCGGAAAGAGAGGGAAGAAGGAGAUACCCUCCCAUUGCCUUUGAUUUCAUCCCGAAUAGAAGAGGAAAGAAUAAGAAAUCAUGCUGCGAGUGGCGUUCAGAAAACUGAAGAGAAAUGUGGUGGUCAAUGGCGUCCGGGAGGUCGCACGCACUAUGAGCCGGCAGCAGCAACACUUCUCCACCAAACCUGGGAGGCUUGCUGGCAAGAUUGCCAUGAUAACCGGUGCUGCAAGUGGCAUAGGAAAGGCAACUGCAACUGAAUUCAUUCACAAUGGUGCCAAAGUCAUUCUUGCAGACAUCCAGCAGCAACUUGGUGAAGCUGCCGCCACCGAGCUCGGCCCAGAUGCCACUUUCAUUAGCUGCGAUGUCACUGAAGAAUCCCAAGUCGCUGCUGCCAUAGAUUUCGCUGUCACCAAGCAUGGCCAUCUUGACAUUGUGUACAACAAUGCGGGCAUUGCCGGCUCCCUCGCCCCCUCCAUCACCGGUCUCAACCUCACCGACUUUGACCGCACCAUGGCGGUCAAUGUCCGGUCAGUUAUUGCUGGAAUUAAGCAUGCUGCCCGUGUGAUGAUGCCGCGUGGGGCUGGAUGCAUCUUGUGCACUGCAAGUGUUACUGGAAUCAUGGGUGGGCUUGCACCACAUGAUUACUCGAUCUCGAAAGCAGCAGUGCUGGGGGCAGUGAAGUCUACAGCAGCAGAGCUCGGCAAGUAUGGGAUCAGGGUGAACUGCAUUUCACCUCAUGCCAUUCCGACGCCUUUUGGGAUCAAUUCAAUGCUGGAGCUGUUCCCUGGAGUUGAUGCUGAGCGGCUGGCAGAGAUGAUCUACAGCACCGGGGAGCUGGAGGGGGCGAGGUGCGAGGCAGUAGAUAUGGCAAGAGCUGCCGUCUAUUUGGCAUCAGAUGAUGCUAAGUAUGUAAGUGGGCACAAUCUAGUGGUGGAUGGAGGUCUCACUGCAUUCAAAAGGCUGGAAAUCCCACCACCUUGAUCAGGUCAUGGAUAAGUUAUUUUGAUUUUAUUUAUCAUUGAAGAUCAUGUCCAAUGAAAAAGAUAAAGAAUAAGAUGUAAGAUGGAUGCAAUUGAUCCGAGAGGAAUGUUUGAUGGAUGCUUGUGAUCUGUGAUCACAUUGGUUGAUGAAUUAUGUGAGAUCAGAGAAUUAGUCCCUUGACAUGAGAAUUUUGUUUUCGCCUUACAAUGUUUUGUGGUUGUAGAAUAAACCAUAAGCAUUUGACGUUUGAGAAUGAUUUCCCUUCUGGCCAUUGAACUUCUUAAUUUUGUUAA